AUGGGGCUGGGCCGGUUAGAGGACAAUGCAACCCUGCACAGUUUGCGAGCGAUUGACCAAGGCAAGUAUAGCGUCCUCGCUGGUGUUGGGCGAAAAUUACCUCUCAUCAUCCAACUCUUCCCCUGGACCAUCCCGUCCUCCAACGGCAUCCUAGUCCAUGCCGCCGCCCAGGCCGCACGCCAAGCCUCUAUCCCUGUGGCAGUGCAUCUCGAUCACUGCCAAGAUGAAGAUAUGGUUAAGCAGGCGUGCUUGCUGUCGUUCGACCCUAUCAUGAUAGAUAUGAAGACGCUUGGCUUGGCUGGGCUCAUGACGACUACUGAGGAGGCGCAGCAAUUUGUGGAUGCAGAAGUAAACUUGAUUGCACCAGCGUUUGGCAAUGUUCAUCGGGACUAUGGGCCUCGGGACAUUGUUCUAGAUCUCGAAAGGCUGUCGUACGGAUAUAACAUUAACCAGGAUAUCCUCGCGGGAUACUAUGCGCAUUUGGAACAGAAAGUCAACAAGAUUCCAUUUACGCAACUAGUGGAUGAUGCAGUAAAAAAAGCGGCAGAAACUUUGGCAAGGCGAAUGGAUGCUGUUGGCUCCAGUAGAAAGGCGUAG